AUGAGUAGCCCCGAGGCUACAGGACGGAUGGCUUUAUGGGCAGUUGAGUUGAAUGAUUUUGACAUACAGUACCGACCGCGAACCGCUAUAAAGGGACAGGUUGUGGCUGUCUUCAUCGCUGAAUUCACUCAAAUGGAUGCCCAGGGGGUAGAAGAGAUUCCGCAUUGGAACAUUUACACGGAUGGGUCUUCCAAUAAGCAAGCAGGAGGGGCCGGUGUAGUACUCAUCUCCCCAGAGGAAGAUAGGAUCGAGUGCAUGAUCCGACUUGAGUUUCCAACGAUCAACUAUAAAGCGGAAUACGAAGCUUUGAUAGUAAGGUUGGACCUCGCAAGAACAACAAGGAUUGAAAACAUGAUCAUACACUGUGACUCCCAAAUCAUAACUAGUCAAGUCAACGGUAGCUACGAAUGCAAGAAUGAAAGGAUGAAAAAAUACCUCGAUAAGGUGAAGGGUCGAAUUGGCAGUCUCCAAAUCAAGUUCGUCCAAAUCCCAAGGGAGAAGAACGAAUGCGCCAAUCGACUUGCUAAGGUUGCCUCAGCAGAACGCAUAGUUGUCCCAAAUUAG